UUCUUUUCUUUUCCCAAUAAGAAGAAUAAAAUAUGGUUUCUUAGACUAAUAUAAGCUUUUACCUUGUGUCUCAUCUAUAUCUGGAUUGACCCAGACAGAGAGAAAGAGAAAGAGUUGGCUAGAGAUAAUUAGAGAGAGAUGAGAGGAAUGAAAGGUGAAAUUGUGCUCAACAUCCCUGCAGAAAAAGCAUGGGAAAUGUACAGGGAUAAUGAUAAAAUCAGCAGGGUAAAUCCACAAAUGCUUUCUAAGGCUGAAUAUAUUCAAGGAGAAGGAGAACCUGGCACUCUCAGGCGUCUCCAGCUUGGCCCGGCAUUGAGCAGCUAUGUCAAACAGUCAGUAGAAAAGAUAGAGAAAGUGGAAGAGGGGAGAUCAGUGACAUAUCAAGUCACUGAUGGUGAUCUGAGGAAAAUGUACAAUCCAUACAGAGUUACCUUCUCAUUCAUCCCUGUAAGAGGCAGCAAUAAGCAAUGUGUAGCAGAAUGGAAAGCAGAGUAUGAGCCAAUUACACCUACAAUUCCUGCACCAGAAAAAGCAAGAGAUGCUGCACUAUCAUUUCUCAAGUUAAUUGAUAAAAUGUAGAGCCAUGCUAUGUAAAACAAGACAAGUA